AAGUCCCUGAAAAAUUGAAUUUUACUGCCAGGUGUCUCAACACUUUUGUGCCCAUUGUAGUUCAUUGUCUUGGUAUUGCAUUCUUCCACAGAGAACAAUUUCCUCUCAUUAGGCAAUAUAGUACACCUGUUAAUUACCUGAAAAGGGAUGUUGUUGACUUCUCCUGUCAAAAAUGAACCAGUGUGUAACCUGGAAUGGACAAGCAUCCCUUCUAGCUCGGUAAUGCAGUAUAGCCAGUACUUUUAUUGCUGCAGAAACUUGCCUGAUGAGCCACAAACAGAAAACGUGCAAUUAAUUUUGACUAGAAGCAUGCACCUGCAUGUGUUUAAAACAAAAGCACCUGUGUUCCUAAAACAGGGAAUGUAUAGUAGAAAUGAGGUCCUCAGAGGGGGACCUUUUUUCAACAUCUGUGUUUAAUUUUGGUAAGGCACUAGGUUUUGCAUGCUUGUACUAAUUAUAUUAUACUACUCACUCUUGAUAGCUGUAUGAAUUGGACAGGCAUCGGACUUUCAACUCAUCAGAUUUGAGCUGGAUGAUAUUUAACAUUUAAAUUAUUUAAUAUGUUUCAGUUGAAAACGACACAAUGGACAGUCACUUCAGCAAGUUACGGGACAGUCUGAUUGAGAUCUGUGUUGUGGUGGGCAUGGAUCAGGAUACAGGGCUUGUGCAAACCUCAUCACCUGAGAGCAGAAAGGUCUCAAAAGCCAAUAAAACUGACCCUCACCUAUUUAGCAAAAUGUUUGAGACCCACGUAUUGGCUGCAUUGUCUGGAGAAGUUGCCUCAUUUCCAUAUACAACAUCUGAAUUUGAUGGGGAGCCAUUUUAUCCUACUUUUGGAGUUUUGUGUAGUCCAGGUAAAGGGGGAAAUACAAACCGGCGUCGUCGAGGAUCAUUCAGAGUCAGUGCAGCAGAGUUGCCACUGGCACAAGAUGUCAUCAACAGCUUGCCACCACUUUGUUUUCCUGGUGAGAUGAAAAUCUAAUUGAUGAGAAGAAUCAUUUUGCAAGUUAGAGAUAUUCCUGUCUAUUUUUCAACAGAACUUGCAGCAACCCUGUCAAAGAAACUUGUAGAAGUGCUUAGGCAUAACAACAGAAGUACUGUUAGUACUAGCAAUAGAAAGUAAAAGCCAGAAUUGACAGUAAAGACUGUUGAGGUAUUUGGGCUUACAAUAGUCUUAAGUGAACAACACCUGUUUACUUCAAGAUGCCAUCUUUAAUAACCAACAUGCAUCUCACACG